CACACACAGGUGCUCCAACCAUGUGUAAACAUAAAGAUGUGCUCAAGUGAAGAGAAAUAAACACAUGCACACAGACAGAUGGGUAGAGAAAUCACACUCCCACUGCCUUUUCCUUUGCGGAAGACCGUGUGUGUGUGUCAGUCUUCUGUUCAGCGGACUAGGGCCACCUGCGAGCGUCUUGCUGAUGCACUGACACAGGAAGCAGCUCUUUGAGGGAUGGAUGCAGUGACCCAGUCUGACUUUAACAGUGAAGAAAGUUCUGGCUCUGAUGCAUUGUCCUCCCAAAGCAUAAGCAUCCCAGCAACAGAGACUGAUCGCUUCGGGUUUCUGCUGGGGACAGGGUCCACUGUCGGCGAGGGUCCUCCCCCUGAAGUGGUCCGGCAAAGGGAAACAAAAUGGCUGAACAUCAUGAGUCAAUGGGAUCGAUUCCUGACGAAAAAGACCAACAAGGUGAAAGAUCAAUGUAGGAAAGGCAUCCCAGCAUCCCUCAGGGCCCGGUGCUGGCCGCUCCUUUGUCGUGCUACAGAGAGAAAGAACCAAAAUGAAGCACUGUAUGAGAAACUGGACAAAGCACCAGCUCUGCAGAGCUGGGUUGACGUGAUUGAGAGAGACAUUGACAGACAGUUCCCCUUCCAUGAGAUGUUCCUCUCCAAGGAUGGUCAUGGGCAAAGAGGACUCUUUCGGGUCCUGAAGGCAUAUACUCAGUUCAGGCCAGAUGAGGGCUACUGUCAGGCCCAAGGACCCGUGGCUGCGGUGCUUUUGAUGAUCAUGCCAGCAGAGGAGGCGUUCUGGUGUCUGGUGCAGAUCAGCGAGCAGUAUCUUCCUGGGUACUACAGUCCACUGCUGGAGGGAGUGCUCUUCGAUGCAGGCAUACUCAACAGGGUGCUUCGUAAGGCAUGUCCUCCCGCUUCCAAACACCUGAAGAAACAUGGGGUGGAGCCACUCAUGUUUGCCACAGAUUGGCUCAUGUGUCUCUACACCAGACAUCUGCCCUUUAAUACUCUGCUCAGGGUCUGGGACCUCUUUUUCUGCUAUGGUGUGCGGGUUCUCUUCCAGGUGGCAGUGGUUCUGGUUCGCAGGAGUCUGGGGCGGCAGGAGCAGAGAGAUGAGUGCGAGGGGCAGAUGGAGACGCUAGAGCGGCUGAGGAGUAUCAAGGACUGGAUCUCACAGGAGGACGACGCCUUCAUCGAGGAGGUGUGCUCAGUAUCUCUGUCAGACAAAGAUUUGGAGAGAGAGACUGAAAAGGAGAUGGAGAAGUGGAAGAAAGAACGUCCAUCUUCAACUUUUAACCCUUGGGGGCGCUGCCAUGGAUACAGAGCAGCCUGGAUCAAAGGAAAGGAGAGGGAUGAGGAGUUACAGAGAAAGGAACGAGAGAAAGGGAACCUCACAGUACCUCUGAACCGGUCUCCAUCCUCACUCUCUCCUUCUUUCCUCCGGAAGUUGAGGAGGAGCAGCAGAGCAGAGAUGACUGAAAAGGAGGGAAAUGAUUGGCGAGAGGAAGACAGAGAGAAUAAAGUGCUAGCGGAGGAGCCAGAAGUAGUGACAUAUACAGAAAGCAACAAGGAAGGACAUUUGAGCAACGAUGAAGAUAACAAGGCACAAAAUGUUUCCGCAGAUGAGAACAAAAGCCUAGUUGAACAAAGAAAGCCAUCAGUGCAUAGCAUAGAAGGGGCUGAACUAAAUCAGAAUGUAGCAGGGGAUGAACUUAACAUGAACAUUAUUAAUGCAGGUUCACCCAGUGAAAACACCAAACCACACAGCUGUGCUGCAAACUCUUCUCACGCUCUACCAGGUGACAGUGCAAUGAGCACAGAGGACAAUGAUCUUAGAGAACAGACUCAGGACAAACCAAGUCAGCUGGCACUGCAGACUCCAACCUUAGACAAAACAAUACAAGAUGUUGAAAUAAAAGAAGAUGCAGAGCAACUUGGCUCUCUGGAGACAGGCCCUGAGUUCAGUGAGACAACAAACUGUUCCCCUUCAGAGGAACAUGGUAUACUAACAGGGCUCCGGUGCAACAAUAACCAUAGUGAGACUGUUCUAACAAGCAGUACGUCUCCUAUCGAACACUGUCAGUCAGAAAUACCACAGCAAACCACAGAAACCUCAGUGCAAAAGAGCACCUCUCAGGAGCAAUGUGCAAUUGCUGAGGAGCUGAAUGAAGUGACUGUGACCGGAACACAAGAGUCCAAUCUGCAUGAAGAAAAACAAGACAUAGCAACAGAGGAAUGCAACACAGUGACAGACAUUUGUACACAAAGUACCACAAAUGAACAAAGUGAAAAUCUCAAAGGUCCAGAUCCAAACCAAAAUAAAAUGCUGGAAGAAAGCAAAGAACAGCUGGUGCAGGAUUGUAGCUGCACCCUUGAGCAGUUUAACAAGGAGAUCGCAGAGGCGUCUGACGAAGCCGGUGAACUGUCACCAGAUGAAAACACCACAAAACAACCUGUUGGCAGUGUGGAAAUCUCAAUAACCCUUUGUCCGGUUUCCAAAGAAAUCCAGGAAUCCGGAGUGUCUUUCCCCAUAUCAGGCGAAACUGAAGUUUCAAGGAAAACCCAGUCAGUCCUGGGUGAAUUGUCAGAAAACGUUGAACAAAUGAAUCCUGUUUCCAGUGGAGCUGAUAUGGAUGAACCGUCAGACAAUUCAGAGCUUGAGGACAAAGGGGAGUCUUCUGAACAAACGAAUCCUGUUUCCAGUGGAGCUGAUAUGGAUGAACCGUCAGACAAUUCAGAGCUUGAGGACAAAGGGGAGUCUUCAUCAGAGGAGUCUUCAUCCUCAAGUUGUCCUCCAGGGCAGCAGGAGCAUUCCAAUGACUCCACCAAGACUGAGGCUUUUGACAUAGACUCUGUCAACAACCAGAGUGUACAAGAGAGCCUCAUAACAUGCGAUUCUUGUAUAGAAAAAAGUUUAAGUGAAAAUCUGGUUGCUGGUGAAUCACCAACACUUGAGGAUACUACAAAAAUCCUGCAGGUGUCAGACCUCUGCUUACAAACUCAGGGUCACACCCCAAGUGAAGCAUCAGAGGGUGAGACCACUGUAACCAGCAAGGAAGAACAAAACCCGGUGUUUCAGUCAGCAGUGACAGAUGAGACUCAUGAGACUGAACCUCCAGAGAGUUUACCUGCAGCAACAGCGUCUACACUCGGACACGAAGAAUGCAAGCAAUUUCAAAUGUCUGAUGAUGACAACAUGAAAGAAGCCCAAGAGCCCGCAGAUCAGAAUGAUGCGAUAUUGGAACCUACAGAGCAUACAGAUCUCAGAGAGGUUGAAGCAACAGAUCCAAUUCCCUGUAAUGAGAGCAACAGCAUAGAAUUGCAGCAAUCCUGUCCUAUAAACCAAAACGAAGCACAGGAACUGGAAUCUGUAAAGCCCAACGAAACUGUUGCCACUGCAAGUAAAAACCAAGCGCAAUCCUUCAACAACCAGGGAUCGACUGUGGAACUGAGAGCUGAAACUCAAAUAAAUGAGAAUGUCACAGAAACACCACAGCCAUGUUACUCUGCUCAGUCCAGUGAAACCACAGAAGAUGUAGAGGGGCAGAAGGAGAACACAAAACGAGAGGGAGAUACAAAGGAUAUCAGAUGUUCCAUCUCUGAUGUGCAGGAUACCUAUCAUAAAGAACCCAGUAGCACAGUUCCACCUAGAGAAUGUACCUCACAAAAAGAGGAUGAAACCCAGAAGGAUGAACCCAUUUCCUCCACACUGACCGAGCCUCCUUUAACAACGGACGAUAAGAGCAAGUCCCUCAAGAUGUCUGCUGAAAAAGGGAAGUCAGGAGGCAUUGCAGAAUAUAAACUCCGUAAGACGUCCAGCUCCAGGACUUCCCAUCCCAGGAGGCUUUCGGAGGACACCUUCAAAGAGCCACACUCUGAGGGCUCUCAGCCUUCUCCCUGUCCUGAAGUCUUCCAGGACACGGACAGACAUCGCAAAACAUCUCAAAGUGAGCACACAGAUUCCCCAAAACGCUUCGGCCUCUUCCGCAGGCUCCGAGGCGACCACGCCAAGGAUAGCGAUGGGGGAGCAAAGAGCAAGACCAAAAUGACUGUGCCAACCAUAGUGAUCCAGGACUUCAGUGAGGUGGUGGAGGAACCAGAGGAAGCCCUGAACGCCAAAGAGAGGAGGAAGAGGAGGAGAGAGCAGGAAAGGAGACAGAAAGAAGAAGAGAAAGCACGUAAGAAAAAAGAGAAGGAACUUGAGAAGGAAAGAAGCAAGGAGAGAAGGAAACCACAAACAAGGGGAAAGAGUUUCCAAGUGCAGAGCAGCAGCAAGGCUGAAAGUGUCAUUCCUCCUCAAAGGAACAGCAGCUCUUCUAUUCCGGUUUCCAAGAGAAACUCUGCUCCAUAUUUUGACACUUACUUCUAAGUGAUGGAGGGACAUAGAGAAGGAAAAAACUGUAGAUAGAAAUGGGACUUCAUGAUUUUAUACAAUAAUUAUAAAAUAUCUGAGAAGAUGAGGUGAACAAAGUUGUUUU